AUGGUGGAACACACAGGAAGCACGUCACUCUUUGCAAUUUUUGCAUUGAGCUUGUAUUCUCUGUUUCUCUUUCCUUACACGAUCUACCGCCUCACUUGUGGUGCUUCGGAGGAGACGGUGGUGCAACCCUACUUACAGGGCAAGCAAAAACAGGGCUCCGCCAAUCGUGUCCUUCGCAAGGUCUUUAGCAAAAGUAACCUGAUCCUCAUAGCGCUAUGGCUGCUGUGGGGCGUGCUACUUUGGUACGUCAACAUUACGUCGAAGGACUUGAAACCUUUCGACCCAUUUGAGAUUCUGGGUGUGGAGCGGGGAGCCUCCACAGCGGAGAUCAAGAAGGCGUAUCGUCAAAUGUCGCUGCAGUAUCACCCCGAUAAGAACCCUGACCCCAAGGCUCACGCCUACUUCGCCGAGUACAUCACCAAGGCCUACCAGGCGCUGACUGACGAGGUCUCCCGGAAAAACUACGAGGUGCACGGACACCCGGAUGGCCCGCAGGCCAUGAAUGUGGGUGUCGCGCUGCCCACCUGGCUGUUCACCAAGGACAGCAAGGUGGCCCCCCUGAUGCUGCUGGGUCUGGUGGGGUUCGGCAUCUUGCUGCCGCUGGGGGUGGUGUCCUGGUACAUGCUCAACAGCAACCGCUACUCGGGCCCUAACGGAGUUAUGCAGGAGACGCUGUCGUUCUACUACGCAUCCAAGUACAGCGUCAAGGAGGCGCAGUCUCUGGUCCGCAUUCCGGAGACGCUGGUGUGCGCCAUGGAGUUCAUCACACUGCCCACCCCUAGCGAGCAGACCGCGGGGCUGGAGGAGCUCCGAAAGCUGGUGCUGCGAAACAACCCGGACCUCAAGGAUAAGAACACGUUUUGGAAGCGGAAGGCGUCGGUGCUCAAGGCUCACAUGUUGUUGCUGGCGCAUCUGGACAGGGAGCACGAUAGCAUACCGCCAUCACUGCAGGCUGAUCUUCGCUUCGUGCUCACUAAGUCCCCUCUGCUGCUGGAUGAGAUGAUCAAGAUUGCCAUCAUGCCGCGACCACCGGCAGGGUACGGCUGGAUGACCCCCACGGUGGCUAUUGUGGAGAUGAUGCAGUGUGUCUCCCAGGCGCUGUCCGUGUCAGCACGCAAGCCCGCAGGGGGGGCCAGUGCCAAGGCGUCUGCCAAUGCGGACGGCAUGGCGGCGCUGCUGCAGCUGCCGCACUUCAAUCUGGAUGUGCUCAAGAAGCUCAAGAAGCGGCGUGUGCAGAACAUCAAGGACCUGCAGGAUCUGCCAGCUGUUGAGCUGCAUGAGGCGCUUUGCAGCGCGGGGCUGGGUGCUGCCAUGGCGGAGGAGGUGGCCACGUUCCUGGCCACCCUGCCGUCCGUGUACUGCAGAGCGGAGUGCGAGGUAACCGGUGAGGACGAGAUCAUGGAGGGUGACGUGGUCAAGUGCCGGCUGCAGCUGCUGGUGACUCGCCCCUCCCACAACACCCCGGGCUUCGAGCAGCAGGCGCCAACACGCGGCUCCUCCAAGGCCAUCCGGGCCUUCACACCCAACAACCCGAUACCCAAGGACGAGAACUGGCACUUGCUGCUGGUGGACCCGAGCGGUAACGCGGUGUUGUCCUGGAACAAGGUGUCCCUGGCGGAGGCGGAGGCGGUGGGGUUCAACCGCCCGGAGCUGGUGGAGGAGUGGGAGCGACAGGGCGACGCGGCGGCGGGUGGAGACAAGAAGGACGCGGCCGACCGCGCCCGCUCCCGUGCACUCGCUACCGCCGACAAGUUCAUCUCCCGCUACGCCAACGGCGCCCGGCCGGGGCCCGCCACCCGCGGGGCAGUGAAAGGCGCCUUGACAGCCGACGGGGAGGCUGGCGGUGGUGCGGACGCGGAGGCAGAGUCGGGUCAGGUGGUGGAGCUGCUGUUCCAUGCGCCGCGUGCCGGCAAACACGAGCUGCAGCUGCUGAUCAUGUCGGACAGCUAUGUGGGCAGCGACCGCGUUAUCCCGCUGAGGGUACGGGUGCUGCCGCUCACCCGGGCGGUGCAGGAGGGACGCGACGCCAAGAGCCAGGCCAAGGCCAAGGAGUGGGCCAACAGCAGCGACGAGGAGGACGGCGGCGAGGAGGGCGAGGGCCGGCGCCGCCGCAAGGGCGCUGCGGCCGCUGGCGGCGAUGGCGCCAGCGACGCGGGCAGCGCCGCCGGUGAUGGCGAAAGUGACGAUGGCGAUGAGGACAUCAACAGCGAUGACUACGACAGCGAGGAGACGGGUGAGCUGGAGAGUGGGCCCGAGGACGAGGACGACGAGGAGGGGGUUGACGACACCGUCCAAGGCGGCAAGGCUCUGCCAGCCUCUACGGGCGGCGAGGGGGGCAGCAGUCAGUUGACUGGCCGGGGGCCGGGGGGUAAGGCCGAGAGCGACGAUGACGAGGACGAGUAA